AUGGCCGAAUCUCCAUUCUACGGGGGAAUUCUCUCCUACGACAUCCACACGUACUGGAACAACAACAACGAAAACGAAAGAAAACUAGCAUACGACUUAAGAGAAAAAGUGUUGAAAGAAUUUGCAGACGACAUCGCCAAGGAGAAUAUCAGAGUGUAUAAGUUCUGGGAGAAGCCCAUUGGACCCCACCCUAUCAACAUGUGGGAGUUGGACUUUAAGAGUCCUGAGAUGUUUGUCAAACUUGUUCCGUUCUUCCAGCUCAACCACGGCAAGCUUUCCGUGCUUAUACACCCACGAAGCCAGGAAGGUGCCUUCCCAGACCAUACUAAGAAUGCCUUAUGGUUGGGCCACAAGUUACCCGUGUACGCCCAAUGCCUCAUCUAUCAUCCUGGUCAGUUUCAUACGGAACACAUGGAUAUGAAAUUGGGCUGCAACGAUGCGGCUCAUUUCGGUAUAGGGGCUGCGAAACUGGUCUACUCCGGAUUUCACGUAGAAUAA